UCCUCCGGGCCACGUGGCGACCGGUGCAGCCACUCACCGCCCCUGCCCGGUCACCUGGGCCUAGUGGCCCCGGCACACCCCACACACACCCCGGGGCGCUCCUGCCCCCUGGGGUUUCUCGGAGCUCGGGCUCUUGCCCGCUCUGCAGACCCCAGAGUCGGGGUUCCACCCCUGCCCGUGUCCGCCCCCUGUCCUACGCCCUCCCUCCCUCCCGUGAGGCUGGAGCCUCCUCCCUGCCCCCUCAGCUUGUCCGGGAGGGGAAGGGGGCGGGCAGCACAGGGGGUGUGACAGCUCCCGCCCGGACGAGUGCCAGCUGCAGCCUCGCUUCAGUGCCCCGUGCCAGCUGGCUCUUUCGUCUGGGACGGAGGUGGAGGCUCGGGCUCCUUGUGAGGGGGGAGGCCCCCCGCGGGCCCCCAGCCCUCCACCCACCCAAGAGGAGCCUCUGCUCCCAGCCGGCCUCUGGCUGCUCUGGCGGUGGGUCCAGCUAGGAACUGGCCCUGGUCACUGCGCCCGGGACUCAGAGCUCGCAGCCCUCCAGGAUCCCCCUAUCGGAGCUGACGGGGCUCGCUGGGGAGCCUCCCAGCCUUUUGCUAGAGCCUGCAGGGCUGGACGAGCUUGAGAAGGAUCAUGAAGGUGGGCUGGCCAGGUGAGAGCCGCUGGCAGGUGGGCCUGAUUGUGGAGGACAGCCCAGCUCUGGGAGCACCACAGGUGGGAAGCCUACCAGACGUGGUGCCCGAGGGGACGCUGCUCAACAUGGUGCUGAGGAGGAUGCACCUGCCCCGAAGCUGCUCCUACCGGCUGCUUCUGGAGCACCAGCGCCCCAGCCGAAUCCAGGGGCUUCGCUGGACACCACUCACCAACAGCGAGGAGUCCCUGGACUUCAGUGUGAGCCUGGAGCAGGCUUCCACAGAGCGGGUGCUCAGGGCGGGGAAGCAGCUGCAUCGACAUCUCCUGGCCACCUGCCAGAACCUCAUCCGAGACAGAAAGUACCACCUUAGGCUCUAUCGGCAAUGCUGCUCAGGCCGGGAGCUAGUGGAUGGGAUCUUGGCCCUGGGGCUUGGGGUACAUUCACGGAGCCAAGCCGUGGGAAUCUGUCAAGUCCUGCUGGAUGAAGGUGCCCUCUGCCAUGUGAAACACGACUGGACCUUCCAGGACCGAGACACCCAGUUCUACCGUUUCCCGGGUCCAGAGCCGGAGCCCUCGGGAGUCCAUGAGCUGGAGGAAGAGUUGGUUGAGGCCAUGGCCCUGCUCUCCCAGCGGGGACCGGAUGCCCUGCUCACUGUGGCACUUCGAAAGCUCCCAGGGCAGCGCACGGACGAGGAGCUGGAGCUCAUCUUUGAGGAGCUGCUGCACAUCAAGGCUGUGGCCCACCUCUCCAACUCGGUGAAGCGGGAAUUAGCAGCAGUUCUGCUCUUUGAACCCCACAGCAAGGCGGGGACUGUGUUGUUCAGCCAGGGGGACAAAGGCACCUCGUGGUACAUCAUCUGGAAGGGAUCCGUCAAUGUGGUGACCCAUGGCAAGGGGCUGGUGACCACACUGCAUGAGGGAGAUGACUUCGGACAGCUGGCUCUGGUGAACGACGCACCCCGGGCAGCCACCAUCAUCCUGCGAGAAGACAACUGUCAUUUUCUCCGAGUGGACAAGCAGGACUUCAACCGUAUCAUCAAGGACGUGGAAGCAAAGACCAUGAGGCUGGAAGAGCACGGCAAAGUGGUGUUGGUGCUGGAGAGAACCUCUCAGGGCACUGCCUCUUCUUGCCCUCCAACCCCAGGCAGGAACCGGUAUACAGUGAUGUCUGGCACCCCGGAGAAGAUCCUAGAACUGCUGUUGGAGGCCAUGAGGCCUGAUUCCAGUGCUCAUGAUCCAACAGAGACGUUCCUCAGUGACUUCCUCCUGACCCACAGAGUCUUCAUGCCCAGCACCCAGCUCUGCGCUGCCCUCCUGCACCACUUCCACGCGGAGCCCGCGGGAGGCAGUGAGCAGGAGCGCAACAUCUACAUCUGCAACAAGAGACAGCAGAUCCUGCGGCUGGUCAGCCAGUGGGUGGCCCUGUAUGGCCCCAUGCUCCACACUGACCCCGUGGCCAGCAGCUUUCUCCAGAAACUCUCAGACCUGGUGAGCAAGGACGCCCGGCUUAGCAACCUGCUGCGGGAGCACUGGCCGGAGAGGCGGCGGCACCACCGGUUGGAAAAUGGCGGUGGGAGCACAUCUCCUCAGAUAAAGGCCCGGAACAUGUCUGUUUGGCUCCCCGGCCCGGACGAGUCCCUCCCCAGCAGCAACUGUGCCAUCCGAGUUGGAGACAAAGUCCCCUAUGACAUCUGCCGGCCAGACCACUCGGUGCUGACCCUGCAGCUGCCUGUGACGGCUUCAGUGAGGGAGGUGAUGGCGGCGUUGGCCCAGGAGGACGGCUGGACCAAGGGGCAGGUGCUGGUGAAGGUCAACUCUGCAGGCGAUGCUAUUGGCCUGCAGCCAGAUGCCCGUGGUGUGGCCACAUCCCUGGGGCUCAACGAGCGGCUCUUUGUUGCCAACCCACAGGAAGUGCAUGAGCUGACCCCACACCCUGAGCAGCUGGGGCCCACGGUGGGUUCCGCUGAGGGGCUGGACCUGGUGAGCGCCAAGGACCUGGCCGUCCAGCUGACGGACCAUGACUGGAACCUCUUCAACAGCAUCCACCAGGUAGAGCUGAUCCACUACGUGCUGGGCCCCCAGCACCUGCGGGACGUCACCACUGCCAACCUGGAGCGCUUCAUGCGCCGCUUCAACGAGCUGCAGUACUGGGUGGCCACGGAGCUGUGUCUCUGCCCCGUGCCCGGCCCCAGGGCCCAGCUGCUCAGGAAGUUCAUUAAGUUGGCAGCCCACCUCAAGGAACAAAAGAACCUCAACUCCUUCUUUGCCGUCAUGUUUGGCCUCAGCAACUCGGCCAUCAGCCGCCUGGCCCACACCUGGGAGCGGCUGCCCCACAAAGUCCGGAAGCUGUACUCGGCCCUCGAGAGGCUGCUGGACCCCUCAUGGAACCACCGAGUGUAUCGACUCGCCCUCACCAAGCUCUCCCCUCCUGUCAUCCCCUUCAUGCCCCUCCUUCUCAAAGGUAAUCUGGUUUGGGCACGCACUCACAAAAAGGUUGCCCGCCCCUGCUCUAGGUGCCCCCUGCUCUCAGGGAGCUCAGGUUCCCAGCUGCCCCACAGGCCAGGCCGGGGUUCUGCUCUCAGGCCUGGUCUCAUGUCCUUGCUUUGUCCGCAGAGAAUGAUGGCCAGAGCUGUGCGGAUGCUGCACCACUGCCGAAGCCAUAGCAACGUGCCUCUCUCACCACUCAGAAGCCGCGUCUCCCACCUCCAUGAGGACAGCCAGGCAGCGAGGGUUUCCACGUGCUCGGAGCAGUCCCUGAGCACCCGGAGUCCAGCCAGCACCUGGGCUUAUGUCCAGCAGCUGAAGGUCAUCGACAACCAGCGGGAACUGUCCCGCCUCUCCCGGGAGCUGGAGCCUUGACGAAGGGGCUGGGCUGGAGCAGCAGGCACUUCCCGCCUGGAAAGCCAGGGCACGCCUGGGCCCAGGGGCCCGCAGGCCGGCCGCAGCUGGGCAGGGCUCUCCGAGGAAUGGACUUGAGGCCCUGGAUCGGGCAGCGUGGAGGCAUCUGUCCCCUGUGAUGAUUGUCGGCUGCGGAGGACCUCAGAGUGGAAUGAGCGGAGGCCCAAGCCAAGGAACGGGGGAUAGAGAGGCCAGAGUGGGUGGGAGAGCAGAGCAGGCGCUGGGACUCUGUGUUCAAUAGAGAGCUCUCCACACCAGGUUUUUUCCAGA